GUCAUCGGUUUAGUCUACUAUGGCUUUAGUCUCAAUAUGGCUGACUUCGGCGGCAAUGUCUACAUCUCUUUCCUGAUGGGAGGUGUGGUCGAGUUCCCGGCGUCUAUCAUCUCAAUCCUAACCCUUCGAUACUUUGGUCGCAAAAAGUCAUUCUUUGGAUUUCUGACGAUUAUAUCGAUGGCCUCAUUGGCAGUGAUCCUGUCGACCACAACUGUACUUAAGGUGACGUUUGCACUCAUAGGUAAGUUCGCUGUGGGCACCGUAUGGUGGGUCGUCGAGGUCUACGUAUCCGAGCUCUACCCGACAUUAAUGAGGAAUUGUGCCUCCGGUUCAUCUCAAGCCAUCUCCCGAUUGGGAUCAACUGCCGCACCAUUUAUGGGAGAUUUGGUUUGUCUUAAUCCAUCAAAUAUUAAGAUUCUGUUUUAA